AUGUGCUAUCUCCUACUGAAGAAAGGUGCACUGAUAAACCAUGUAGACAUAGAAGGUCAGACACCCCUAUACGAAACGUGCAAGAUGGGACUUGAAAGUAUAUGUAAGAUAUUGAUAGAAAAUGACGCGAUUGUUAAUCAAGGGAAUAUUCAAAAUUCGACGCCAUUGCAAGUUUCAUGUCUGCAUAGACAUUAUGGGAUUGUCGAGCUUCUGUUAGAAUCCAAUGCAACGAUAAAUCAAUGUGACACAAACGGAAACAAUCCAUUUCAUUAUGUAUGUGAGCAUGGUCUUAUCGAACUUGCCAAAUGUUUCUGUGAACGCCAUGCUGCAAUUAACCAGUGCAAUUACAGAGGAGAAACUCCGUUACAUUUAGCUUGUCGCGGAGGACAGUUGCAUAUCGUGAACUUUUUACUGGAACAAAAUUGCGCAGUUUAUCAUUACGAUAUAGAUGGUACAACACCUUUACAUAAAGCUUGUCAUAACAAUCAUAAAAAAAUAGUUGAGAAACUUGUGCCACUUUCCAGGUUAAACACACGCAAUUUCGAUGGCGAAACGGCGUUAUUUGUAGCAUGCAAAAAGUAUUCUAAUAAUACUGAUAUAGUGAAACUAUUAUGUUAUGAUUCAAAUGGCUACCAAACUGAUAUUUCUGUAAAUAUAUAUAACAAUGAAGGAAUGACACCGCUUCAUAUUGCAUGUAAUUCUAGAAAUGCAGAUUUGGUCGAGCUUUUGUUGAAGCUGAAAGCAAAUAUUGACCUUAAGAAUAACAAAGGCGAAACGUGUUUAUUAAUGGUCUGCAAGUCGGAAAAAAUUCACAUAGCUAAGUUAUUGAUCAAAUGUAACGCCAACGUAAAUAUUGAGGACAAAUUUAAAAAAACUCCUUUAUCUGUAGCACUCAAAAGCCAUAAUGCAAAUCUUAUUAACCUGUUACAGCGUCACAAUGCAAAAGACUACAGAAUACAGGAAAAGGAAGACGAAGUUCAUAAGGCCUGUAGAGAAGGAAACGAAGAAAAAGUUGUUAGUAUAUUAGAAAUAACAUCCGACUACGAAUUUAUUAACAAAGAUGAUAUACAUGGAUGGACUCUCCUUCACGUCGCCUGCAUGAUGCAAUAUACAAAUAUGGUCAAUUUAUUACUUACAAAACACGCGGAUAUUAAUAAAAUUACAAACACAGGAGCAACUCCGUUAUAUAUAGCUUCCUUCUAUGGGAGAAAUGAAAUAGUAGAAAUUUUAAUUUCUAAUCGGGCAGACAUCAAUAAAUGUAAUCUGAAUGGGUUUUCGCCUCUCCAUAUUUCUUGUUAUUUUGGGUACAAAGCAAUCUGUACAACUCUACUGCAGACUGGCAGUGAUAAAAAUGGUGAAGACAAUGAUCACGAAACACCUCUGUCUAUUGCAUGUGAAAUGGGACACUGUGAACUUGUAGACUUGCUUCUUGAAAAUGAAGUACGGCUUAAAAAGAAAAAUCGCGAUGGCAAUGCACCAAUUCACAUAGCCUGUAUAAAAGGACAUUCCAAAAUAGUAGAACGAAUGAUCUCAAUCAAUCAGAGCAUUGUUAACCUACCUAAUAUUAAAGGCUCAACGCCUCUACAUCUAAGUUGUCAAAAGGGGCCAUUAGAACUUGUCAAAGUUUUACUUAAAAAUAAUGCGUUGCUAAGUUUAACUGACGAAGAUAAUUGCGUUCCUUUUUUCAUAGCUUGUCUUAAUGGAAGAACAGAGAUAGUCGAAGACAUUUUGAAUUUGCAAAAUGGUCCAAGUGUUAAUGAAUAUUUUCAAAACGAGUUGGUUCCGCUUCACGUAGCAUGUUCUUAUGAACAUCAGGAGCUUACUGAAGCCUUAUUAAACUGA